UACAAAUGGAACGCACUAGAGCUGAACCCCUGCGCAUGCGCGUUUCGCAUCGGCCCGGUUGCUCCGCCAUCUUUGUCGGCUAUCCAUUGUUCACUCUGGAGCUAACAGCGGCGGUUACCAGAUCAUACUGCGCAAUAAAAUAACUUGACGGUGUCACAGGCAGCUGCCCGCGACAGUCGUGGAUUUGCUCUCAGGGUUGCGACUUGUUCUCGGCCAACAAGUUAAACAGAAUGGACGAUGACCAGCCCAAAACCCUGUACGUGGGGAAUCUGUCCCGGGACGUGACAGAGGCCCUCAUCUUGGAGUUGUUUGGGCAGAUUGGACCCUGCAAGAGCUGUAAAAUGAUAGUAGAUACAGCAGGUCAUGAUCCGUACUGCUUUGUGGAGUUCUAUGAGCAUAGACAUGCCACUGCCACAAUUGCAGCCAUGAAUGGUCGGAAAAUACUGGGUAAGGAGGUCAAGGUCAACUGGGCCACGACGCCAACCAGCCAAAAGAAAGACACGAGCAGUCACUUCCACGUCUUUGUUGGAGAUCUUAGUCCCGAAAUCACCACAGAUGACAUAAAAGCUGCUUUUGCUCCAUUUGGGAAAAUAUCGGAUUGUCGAGUGGUGAAAGACAUGGCCACAGGUAAAUCUAAAGGCUAUGGCUUUGUCUCCUUCUUCAACAAAUGGGAUGCGGAGAAUGCCAUUCAGCAGAUGGGAGGACAGUGGCUGGGAGGAAGGCAGAUCAGGACCAACUGGGCCACAAGGAAGCCUGCGCCUAAAACUACAAAUGAGACAACCAAUUCCAAGCAGCUAUCUUUUGAUGAGGUGGUCAACCAGUCCAGCCCCAGCAACUGCACCGUCUACUGCGGGGGAGUCACAACAGGUCUCACAGAGCAAACCAUGAGACAGACCUUCUCACCUUUCGGCCAAAUAAUGGAAAUCCGUGUUUUCCCAGACAAAGGCUACUCGUUUGUGAGGUUCAACUCCCAUGAAGCAGCGGCUCAUGCCAUUGUGUCAGUCAACGGCACAUCCAUAGAGGGCUAUGUUGUUAAGUGUUACUGGGGCAAAGAAACGACCGACAUGGUCAGCCCCAUACAGCAGGUACAGCUGCCACAGCAGAACACGGUGAGCUUUGCGGCGCAGCCCUACAGUCAGUGGGGUCAGUGGUACAGCAACACCGCUGCACAGCAGAUUGGUCAGUAUGUGCCCAACGGAUGGCAGGUGCCGAGCUAUGGAGUCUACGGACAGACCUGGGAUCAGCAGGGCUACAAUCCUCUACAUGCCGGUGCCGGAUGGACAGGUGUGGGCGCCGUGAGCAACGGGAGCAUGGUGGAGCCCGGGCAGGGAGUCAACGGGACGGUGCUGACCAACCAGGCUGGCAUGAGCGCCGCUGGCUACCACACCCACUGAUCACUGAUCCCAGUAGCCCUCUCUCAGCCUCUGAGGCCACAAGGAUGAUACUCUGCUGGGGAAGGAGCGCAUUAGAUGUGCUCUCUCUGUUACCACACAAAGUUAUUCUGUUAGAGAGGCUGGUCCGCCAUUUUAUCAAUCUUUACCAGCCCAUAACUUCACCCACUGCCCAAAUCUACAAGUGUAAAGAAAACGAUCCACUCCAGAACACUUAAACACUGUUAAUACAGCUAAUUGCUAAUGCACCUUGCAUUCCUGGUCCCAUUUUAUUGUUUGGCGUAUUUUUGUAAUGCCUGCAGAGAACUGGCCAAAUGUAAAUUAUACGACGUGUCAAGAUAUUUCUAGGACAGUCACAUUUUAGUUUAAAAUGUAAGAGGAAUUAAUUCUAUUAAUACACCAGGUUUUCUUUGUUUUCAGCCCCUCAGAGCCAAAGAGCAAGGGCAGAAUUGAACACCAAUGUUGGCAAUCAUACAGGGAGAAAAGGCUACCAACUUUGCCACAGAAAGCACUCAAUAGUCCACACUAAGUAAUGCAAUGUAGUGAGUAAGGGGUGUGAUUUUAAUUUUUCUCAAUUGGAAGCUCUCACUCUCACAUCCGGUCUGUCCACCCGUCACUGAAGUGAAAAACAAGUCCAAGAAAGUUCUCAGGGUGUUGUCAUUCAGUCAUUCUGUGAAAUGUAGGAAAUCACUGAGUAGAAGAAGUAGACCGGUUGAGGGAAAGUGGAAAUCACAAAGCAAGUAAAAUUUCAGUGCUCCUUCACUUUCAUCUCCCAGGACGAACUGAGCAGACUGAAGAGAAUCCAGUCUGAGGAUGAGGAAUGUGUGUGUGCUUGCGUGUGUGCAUGAACUGAUGCUUUUACACACAAGAACAAUGUCCAGUUCAUCUUCCCCUGAAACAGAAAGGACUAUGCCAUCCUUCAUUUUUUUUGCAACAGAUGAAAUAGUGUAAUUUUCUUUUGUUUUUGAUUGGAGCAACUUUAAAAUGCUGACGUUGUAUAAAGAGCUUUUUGCCUUUUUGUGUUUCAUUUCGGGACUGUCUUAUGAAGAAAUGUUGCAGUGACACUAUCGAAAUCAUGUCACGGGAGACGUUUGAUGUUUGUUUAUAAAACAUUGUCGCUGUCAACUGUCAACUUUUAUUUUUUAAAUUAGAUUUUCAAUAUCUCAAACCAACCAAUUGCAGGGAUUACUGCCACUCUUAUCUUACUUGUAGGCAGACAAAUAUUGCACAAAUACUUAAGGUUAUCUUCACACAAAAUUUGAAAUACUAGGUUUCUCUUUGUUUCUGCAUUCCACUUUCUUUUUGUCUGUUUUUAUGUAAAUAACCAAACCGUCUGUUCAAUUGUACUGAAUCUGUAUAAAGACGACAUGUUGAUUAAGGAGGCGAGCUUGCUAGAAACAGCUGUUUGACAGCAGCAUCCCUGUCCAGCGCUGGGCCGUGUAUGGUAGACAGUGCAACAUUCGAUUCUUCCAGAGGCUCAGACGUCAGGCAGCAUUGCUAUGCAAUGCAAAAGCCUUUUGAUGUGCAAGUAAUAAUAAUUUAAGUUAUUGUGUCUUAAGCCUAAAUAACCAUUGUUUUUUUUAUAGCUUAAACGACCAUAUACCAAUCAGAUUUUUGCACUGUGGCCACCAUCAUUUUUAAUAUCGUUGAAAAAUCCUUUGUGAUGCCUUAUUAUCAGUGGGUUACAUUUUAAUUUAACCAAAAUUCAUCGAAGAGUAGGCGGUGCCUAAGAAUGUUUUCAAACUGUGGUCUGGCAAGGGAAGUGCUGUUGAUGCUUCGGUAACGAAUGGUUUUGAGUUUUUGCUUUGUCCCAUUAAAAUGCUGAUGCUUAAAACAG